AUGGAAAGCGAGCUCCUGAGGGAAACCGACAACGGCAGCAUCGAAGCGGUGGAGUUCGAAUCCCACUUCCUGGUGCCACCGGAGCAUAGCGAUAUCGGAGUGGUGCUGCUGUUUGGCACGACCGGACAGUUUGUGAGCUACUGCGAGGAUCUGCAUCCGGUGCACGCCCAACAGCGGCACGUGCAUGGCAACUACCUCGUCCAUCUGGAGCAGCAGAGCUUCAGCGCGGAGAAGCUGUGCACCACUAUCACGGCGCUGUGGAACUACAGUUCGAUCCUGAACCUAAUGCUCUCGGUCCGAACCGAAUGGAGUGAUCAGAUGAAAAUCUACUUCUACAACCCGUUCGAAGCCGUGAUGGGCAAGCGGCUGGUCGAGUACAGGGCACCGGACGAAGCACCGGCACCGUUCGCUGACAGAAGGCUAAACAUUUUCAACGGGAUCCCGAUCCGGUGUACGGUCUUUGCCCGUAAUCCCUCGAUGCUGACACUGGAGAGCCUCCCGGAGUCGUUUCGUAGCCUGCGGUACGUACGGGCAGUGAUCAAGGCUUCGAAUGGCCGAGCCGGUCUGGAUGGGAUGUUGAUGGGUAACCUGGCCAUGGCGCUCAACUUUAGUGCACGCACGAUGGACGACACCGACGGGAUGGAGUAUGGGUAUCGGCAGCCGAACGGGACGCUCGUCGGUUCGCUCGGUGAUCUGGUGUACCACCGGUCGGACGUGUCGUUCAACAUUCGCUUCAUGAAGGACUACGACACGCACGAGAUCGAGUUCCUGCACCCGAUCUACACCGACCAGCUGUGCAUCCUGGCGCCCAAAUCGCUCGAGAUCCCGCAGUGGGUGGCCAUCUUCCUGUGCUUUCACCCGCUCGUGUGGGGCACGUUCGUGGUGGUCGGGUUCGCCGGUGGGUAUCUCUGGUACGGACUGCGCCGCUGGGCCCUCCGGAAGGUGCGCCGCUACCGGGUGCGCGAAAUGCGCGGGGACCCCGUGCCGUACUCGACGCUGGCGAUCGAACUGUGGCUGGUGCUGCUCGGGGCCAGCUCCGUCCACCUGCCGGUGCGUGUCAUCGAGCGUGUCCUGCUGGCAGCCUUCCUCGUGGCCAACGUCAUCAUCUCCGGCACGUUUCAGGGCACGCUGACGACGGCGUUCAGUACGGUCACUUUUUACCAGGACAUCGACACACUGGAAGCGCUCGAUCGGUCGGGGCUCCCGAUCGGUACCUCGUCCCGUUCGUUGCGCGAUAUCUUCGGUAACGACUCGGCCAGUCCACUGUAUCGAUCGCUUACGGGCAAGCUGCAGAUACUGAAUAUGUCGGCCCGCAACCGGGCGGCCUUCCAGCGUGAUAUCUGCUCGAUCGAGCGCCGGUCGGACGUGAGCCUGAUCAUCAACACCGAGUACAUCCGGCCGAACGGCCAGCCGAUGCUGCACGUGGUCCAGGAGUGCCCGCGGGUCUAUUCGCUGGCGUACAUCGUGCGCCGCGGUUGGUCACUGGCUCCGCUCUUCAACGACGCCAUCUACCGGUUCGUCGAGGCGGGUCUUUGCCGGAAGUGGUACGACGACACGGAGUAUGCCCUGACGGUGCACCAGCGCAUCCAGAGCGCCAUCGAGCGCCCGGACGAGGACCCGCUGCGUAAGCUAACGAUGGUCGACAUGCAGACGUCGUUCUACAUCGCCACGUUCGGGGUGCUCGUCAGCGUGGCCAUCUUUGCGAUUGAGCUGUUCCUGGGCAAAGGACCUCGCCGCCAACGAGUGCCAACUGCCAAUACGCCGGGGUGA